CUGCAGAUCACUGAGACACGAUGUGACUGUAGGACAGUGGAACCAGUGAGAAACUAAUACCGAAGAGAGGUUUAGAAAUUAACUUGUUUGGACCCUCAGGAUAUGGAUACGAGUGUUUGUGAUUUUGCUGUCUCAAGUGUGUCAGCGUCUCCAGGCAACAGAGGUCAGAGGAGCGCAGCAUCAGGUGCAGUUGCCAAAACAGAAGAAAAACACAGGAGAAGUACUAGAUUUGGUAUAAACGUUGUGACCUGAACAAAGCUGAUCGAAGGCCAUGGACCACAUAAGCCAUUUUGGAAGUCCAACACUGGCUUCAAUCUGACUUCAAUGGCAAAUCAUGAGAAGUAUCUGCCUUCUACUGAUGCUGACAAUAUCUCGAGUUCAGCUGUCGUCACUCUGCCCCUCUUCCUGUUUGGUGUGUACUGAAGAUGUCAUCAUCUGUCAUAAACUCUCAAGAAUCAUUGAUGCACCAGGCUCUACAAAAGCUUUGAUGCUCACUGAUGGACUCAUUGAUUCUGUGGACAACAUGGUUCUUUCUGAUUUAACCAACAUGAGUGUUCUGGCACUCAGCAACAAUGCCAUUUCCAGCAUCAUGCAGGAUGCAUUUCAGAAUCUCACUUUCCUUACAACACUGUCGCUGGACCACAACCGCAUCUCCAGUCAAACCCUGGACAACUCCACGUUCUCCUGGCUUCACAGACUGGAGACUCUCCAGCUGGGUAACAACGAUCUGAAAGACAUUGAUGGCUCCUGGUUUCAAAACUCUAGAGCUUUAAAAACACUUCAGCUAGAGGGGAACCACUUUACAGUCUUGAACUCCACCACCUUUGCCCACGCGGACCUGAGGAACCUGGAAACGCUGGACUUGUCCGACAACCUCAUUGUGUACAUAGGCAGUGAUAGCUUCCGAGGGAUGCCUAGUCUCCGCAGCCUUGAUCUGUCCCGAAAUCAUCUACGCAACGCUCCGGAUGCCUUCUCAUACCUGUCAUGGCUCUCUGUGCUGAACCUUGAUUUGAACCACUGGAGCUGUACGUGUGAGUUGAGAGAGCUGGCCUCAUUCCUCAACAAUUACAUUCAGGCUCUGAUAAAGUGUUGUACAAUGGGCAGAGGAUGGUGUGUGUGAAUACAGAUAAUCCAGCUGUGCAGACUGUGCUGGAGCUGACUGAUGCUAACUGUGUCCCACCAAACAGGAAUAUCACAGUGGAGGUUGUGGCUAAAAGUAAUAACACUUCUCAGCAAUAUAUUAGAAAUGUUGCU